AUGGCAAAUUCUCUGAUCCUAGCUGCUGCUGCUGCUGCUGCUGCUAACAAGUCACUACUAGCAGCACCAUUUCCCUGCUACUCCCUUUCACCGUACCCAAGUUGCCCUCGUCUCCAUUCUCAUUCUUUUCUACCCAAGCCCUCCGUCCAUGUUAACGCACAAUACUCUCUAACUUCACUUCAUGGCCGACUCAGUCCAGUUCCUGCUCUUGACUCUGACGUCCCUCACCCUCUUAACCAGGGGCCAUCAGUGAAGGUAAAGAAUGAUAAUAGUAAGAGAUUUGAAGAAUGGGAUUUUUGGACAGCCAAAUUCUCUGGAGGAGCAAAUUUCCCUUUUUUGUUACUACAAAUGCCACAAAUCAUUCUCAAUGCAAACAAUCUUAUGUCUGGAAAUAAAACUGCCCUUUGGGCUGUACCAUGGCUGGGGAUGUUAACUGGUUUGCUUGGAAACCUUUCAUUGCUUUCCUACUUCGCCAAGAAGAGGGAAACCGAGGCUAUUGUGGUCCAGACGCUGGGAGUGAUUUCGAUUUACAUUGUAAUUGCUCAGCUUGCAAUGGCAGAGGCCAUGCCUCUGCCUUACUUUGUGGUCACUUCAGUUGUUGUAGCAGCUGGUUUGGUAUUAAAUUUCUUGAAUUACUUUGGAAUGCUCAAUACUGGAAUCUGGCGUUUUUGGGAAGAUUUUAUCACUGUUUGUGGAUUAUCGGCCCUUCCUCAGGUUAUGUGGUCUACAUUUGUUCCAUAUAUACCAAACUCCAUUUUGCCAGGGGCGAUGUCAUUUGUUGCGGCAGUUGCUGCUGUUAUCAUGGCACGAACAGGGAAACUUUCUGAAAAAGGUGUAAAAUUUGUUGGAGCAAUAUCUGGAUGGACAGCAACACUUCUCUUCAUGUGGAUGCCAGUGUCACAAAUGUGGACAAAUUUUCUGAAUCCUGAUAAUAUUAAAGGCUUAUCGGCUUUCUCAAUGCUGCUUGCUAUGAUUGGAAAUGGACUUAUGAUCCCACGUGCCCUUUUUAUUCGCGACUUCAUGUGGUUCACUGGUGCGACAUGGGCUGCACUUUUCUAUGGUUAUGGGAAUAUUUUAUGCAUGUACUAUUUCAACAGCAUCAGUGGGAAAUUCCUUUUGGCAGCAACAGCUGGUUUGGUUUCAUGGAUAGGUAUGGCUCUAUGGAGAGACACUGUAGUAUAUGGAUACAGCUCACCUCUGAGGUCUUUGAAAGAGUUGGUUUUUGGCUCUUGA